CGACGUAUUAUCACACGCACACACACGCACACUCGCACACCGACGGUAUCAUCAAUCGUGUCUGUUUUUCUCCGUAAAAAAAAAACAAAAUAUAGGUAUUGAAAAAAAUAUUGUAAAGAGUCGUCGUGAACGGCCGACGGUUGCGCGCGCGUUGCUCUCCGCUUUCCAGGUACGGCGAGCUCGUGUUCGAUUCUGCGAGCAAGUAAACCGGACGGCUGUGCAGUUUUAAUGGCAGUUGGGUAACCGACAGAUUUUAGGCGAUUUUUUUUUCGAUUCUGGUUUUAUUAUUUUUGAGCAUCCUCGGAAUUUCUCGAGUCGGGUAAACGACACGCCGGCUAGCCCUUGAAACGCGAGUAUUGAGAGCGAUUGCUGUGUACACGUGAUGAAAUCAAUUGUCGCUAACGGUUCCGAACAGAAGACUCCUCUGCUGCCACUGUUACCAUCGGCUGCAAGACCGAGACGCUGUAGCUGUCGGCCAAUAGGCCGACAUCUAGUUAGAUAGCCACCAACUGGGUGCUAUGCAUCGUGUCAAUGUUGUCGGUAGUGGUGGUGGAAAUGGUCGGCGCUCUACUGUGGUUGUUGAAGAAUCCGAUGUGACGGCGUCAUCAACAUUUGUUGGAGUAAAUGGACGUGAUGAUGACUUUGCCGUAGACGACGAGGCAACAACUACAACCCUUAUUUAUGUCAAGAAAGAAAAUAUGGAUGACGACGAUGAUACCAAACAUCAGCUGAUUCACUUGCAGCAUCAACAGCAACACGACACUAACGAAAUAGAAGAUAUGUAUCGUCGUCAUCGCCGUCCUAGAUUAACUGCUGCAGCCGCUAAACAUCAACAGCUCCAGAUUCAACACAAUCAGCAAUUUGAUAGCAUCACAUCAUCGUCAGCGUCAACCACCACCACCAAUCGCCAAGAACGACUUAUGCUAGUGUCAGUUGAUUCUGGUAGUGUUUCGAGUGGAAGACACCGCCAACCAUCGUCAUCGGUUGCUCAAUUUUGUUGUUCAAGCACUACUGCAGCAGCAGGGAUACAACAACAGCAUCAACACCAUCAUAACCAACAACAGCAGCAACAACAAAUUCCGCCUUCUACUACUGUAGUAAUGAUCAAAGAAGAAGAUGUCUCCAUGUCAGCCAUUGUCAGUGGUGAUAGUUUGCAUCACCAUCAUCAUCAUCAUCAACAACACCAGCACCAUCAUCAGCAACAACAGCAUAAUAUGACUGCAGCAGCAGCAGUGACAAUCGUCACUAAUAAUAACAACAACAGCUCCAAUGCCACUUCCUCGUCACCACCUCCGCCACGACGACUGUGUCUGGUAUGCGGCGACGUUGCUUCAGGCUUCCAUUAUGGUGUAGCAUCGUGUGAAGCUUGCAAGGCGUUUUUUAAGCGCACCAUACAGGGUAACAUCGAAUACACAUGUCCUGCCAGUGGAGAUUGUGAAAUCAAUAAGCGACGGCGGAAAGCAUGUCAGGCAUGUCGGAUGCAGAAAUGCCUGAGGACUGGUAUGCUCAAGGAAGGCGUGCGCCUGGAUCGUGUGCGUGGUGGCCGUCAAAAGUACCGACGGCAGCCAUCAACUCCUAUACCUACUGCGGCGAUCUCCGUCGUUCAAUCAUCACCACAAACUGUGCAUCAGCAACAGCAAUCUACUGCGGCGACAACUGUUAAUAAUUCUAUUCACCACCAUCAUCAUCAUCAUACGCACAACAACAAUGCUGCAUCAUCUAUCCAUCAUCACCACCAUCAACAGCAGUCUUUUAAUAAUGCUUUCGGCAACAACAAAGUUAUUUCCACCGGAAACUACCAUCACCACCAUUCAUAUCAUCAUCAACAAUUGACUUCUGUGCCUCGCCAAAUGUGUUCAAAUGGUAGUAAUGGUACAACCACAGCAGUGUCGGUACAUAACAGCCAGCAUCAUCACCACGGCUUGCAUAACAGCAACGGGGGAGGAACUGGUGGUUGGAACAACAAUAACGACGAUGGUGUGUGUAUCAAACAAGAGUACGAGCAGCAGUGUUGUUGUAAUGAAGCUACAACUGCAGUGGAUGCUAUCAGGGAGUGUGAAAAAAUGUUGGACGCCCUUAGACAAUGUGAACCUGAGAUGCCAACGUUAUUAGGUGGCGGGGACGGAUCAACUAACGCUGCUAUCACCAUGGAGUUUUUCACUCAGUCCUCGACGCUGGGGGUACAACAAGGAACGGUGACUGCGGUGACGAUGGGUGGUGGUCUAGUCGAGGAUGGUAUAUCUUCAACGUCUUCGCCAUCGUCAUCGUCAUCCUCCUCGUCGUCAGCAUCGGCUGCGUCGUCACCAACGGUGGCGGCUACUAUGGUGGUGCACACGCUCGCUGAAUUAUAUGACAGAGAGCUGGUAAGCACCAUUGGUUGGGCCAAGCAGAUACCUGGGUUCACUGACCUGUCGCUCAAUGACCAGAUGCGCCUAUUGCAGUCGACUUGGGCAGAACUAUUGACAUUAACCAUGGCAUUCCGUUCCUUGGAACAGUUUAAUGGUCAAAGUGGUGACGGCGGUAGUGACAUUAAUAGUAUUGGCGUUGCCGGUGAAGAAUGUAGUGGCAAUGGUCUUAGGUUGCGGUAUGCUACAGACUAUUGGUUGGACGAGAGGUUGGCUAGAGAGUGUUGUACAGCGACUAACGGCGCUCCUUCUUCGUCAAAUGGUACAUCAACCACCACUAGUACGACUAGCAGUACGGGAGUAAUAACAACUCCAACAGUGCUGGACAUUUACAACUUGUCAGCUCAUAUAGUUCGACAAUUUAAGGCGGUAAAUGGUGGUGAAGGCUUAACUUCAGAUCAGUACUAUCUGCUCAAGGCAUUAGUCUUGGCUAAUUCAGACGAUCUAACAUUAGCAUCAUCAUCGGCGACGGCGGCUACAUCCUCUGGAAAAAACCUUGGUACCAACAGAUCGGUGUCUAAAGGCGACGAAGUAGUGGUCCAACAGCAGCAGCAGUCAGCUGUCAAGCAGUUUCGUGCUACCAUUGCCCGUGCUCUUCAAACCCAUCUGGAGAUGACCUUGGCGGUGGCGUCAACAUCAAAUUGUUGUUGUUGUGAUGGGAGUACUAAUUGUUGUUCUACGUCAGCCAUGACUAUGGAUUGCUGUGGCAACAGUGGAACUACCACUUCAGAUGGCAGCGGAAUGACUACAAAUUGCUGUAGCUGUUGUUGCAACACUAACAGCAACAACAAUACUGCCCCAAAUCAGCUCGACAAUAGUGGCGAAAUCGUUGUCGUCGUUGACAAUCACCAACAGCAUCAACAUCGUCAGUCACAACAACGCAUGGAUACCACUAGUGGGAGUGCAACCAUAUCCACUACAGAAGCUCCUGCGGCUACAGUAGUUGUCGUCGGCACCACCAACAACGUAGUGAUGGACGAUGACGAUUGUUGUGGAGGCACUCCAUUGGUUGAAAACCAACCAAACCAUCAUCACCAUUCUCAUCACGCAGAAUCCACAGAAUCUGCUUCGUCUAAACUCGUACAAUUGCUUAUGUGUUUGCCUGCACUUCGGCAGGCCGAUCAACUAAUCCGGCAGUACUGGACCCGGGUUCACCGGGAGAAUCAGCAGCAAUUAGCUGCCGGCACACAAGCGCCACAACCACAGAACGCAGCCGCUACGGGUGCUGGAGUAGGUUUUACUAGACAAUCCACAGCUGCUGACCGAUCGUCGUCAAUAGGUAAUGGCAGCGGUGGUGGUAAUACAGCCGUUGUCAAAAUGAACAAGCUGUUUGUCGAAAUGCUGGAGGCCUGUCUGCGGUAAUUACGUUAUUCGGUGGUCGUCAUAUUGCUCCUAUAUAUUCUGGGCGGUGUUGCGGCAUUAAUAGCAGUGGUAGACAUCACAGACUUUUAAACUACAUAGGAUAUAAUAAAAACUCGUGUAAUGAAAUGAGACAUCAUGACACAUUAUUUUGGUUGAAAAAAUACAAUGGAUACAAUAGGUUUAUCAAUCAUUCUAUUGAUGGAUAGUCAUUGAUACUACAUAAUAGUUUAUAAUUUGUAUAUUUCUAUGCUUUUUUUCAACCAAAGACAUGGAAAAUAAUCAUCAACUCUUAAUAUGCAAAACAUUCCGGGUUAUUUAUCUAGUUGGUAUGGAAGUCUGUGGGUAGUGUUUUAUAGUUUUACAAUAGUUGUAGUGUUUUUUUUGUUUUAUUUUUUAAUCAAUAGUCAUAGUGGUAGCGACACUAAACGUUGAUAUUAGCGUUUAUAUAUUUCCAAUAAAUAAUAAAUUCGCUAUCGCCAUAUAUCUUUAA